ACAGGUGCCAGCGCAGAAGAAGGCAGUCCCCAGUGCGCUCUCUGCUGCGGCUCUUUCGGAUCUGGAUCUACCUCUCACUGGAGCCACCGCAUUCAGCUUUGGCGUCGAUCUGUUUCGGCUUCAGGCGACCGCGCAUCUGCGGCAAUGUUAAUCCAGAGCUGAGAGGGACUUCCCGGGCUCUACAUGACAGCGUACACCAGUCAUGGAGUUGAACAGAUUAGUGACCUUGUGGAUACUCUGCUUGUGUCUGGUCUGCGAGAGCUGGAGCGACAAAGCUCCGCCCCCUGCCCCCACAGCGGACAGUCCAGCGGCCGAUAGUGUGCCGGAUUUCUGUCGCAUCGAUGAGCCACUAUGCGGCGACGAGAAUGCCCUUGUGAGUUUUGAGGCCAUUCGGAGUAUCCACAAGCAGAUGGACGACGAUGCCAAUGGGAAUGUGGACGUGUUGGAGACAGAUGGAUUCCUCCGAGAAGACCUAAACUACCAUGACCCCAAAGCCAAGCACAACAGCUUUCAUGGGGACGAUCAGUUCAUCAGUGUGGAGGACCUGUGGAAUGCAUGGAAGGGCUCCGAAGUGUAUAACUGGACUGUGGAUGAGGUGGUGGAGUGGCUCAUCUCCUAUGUAGAGCUACCUCAGUACGUGGAGGCCAUCCGUAAAAUGAACUUUAGUGGAAGUGCUAUGCCACGGCUUGCUGUGAAGAACACCACCCUGACACUGUCCAUUCUGAAGAUCCUGGACAGGAGCCACGUGCAAAAGCUCCAGCUCAAAGCUUUGGACACAGUGCUGUUUGGAGCUCCCCUAAUGAACCGACAUAACCACUUGAAGGACUUCAUGCUGGUAGUGUCCAUAGUGAUUGGAAUGGGGGGCUGCUGGUUUGCCUACAUCCAGAACCGCUACUCCAAAGACCAUAUGAAGAAGAUGAUGAAGGACCUGGAGGGUCUGCAGAGGGCUGAGAAGAGUUUGCAUGACCUGCAGCAGAAGUUACAGAUAGCGCAGGAGGAGCACCGCACUGUGGAGGUGGAGAAGGUGAACCUGGAGCAGAAGCUGAGAGAUGAGAUCAACGCUGCCAAACAGGAAGCCCAACGCCUGAGGGAGCUCAGAGAGGGCACCGAGAACGAGCUGAGCCGCCAGAAGUACGCUGAGGAGGAGCUAGAACAGGUUCGCAUGGCUUUGAAGAAGGCUGAGAAAGAGCUGGAGUCCCGAAGCGGCUGGUCUCCCCCUGAGCCUCUCCAGAAGUGGCUGCAGCUCACACAUGAGGUAGAAGUGCAGUACUACAACAUCAAGAAACAGAACGCAGAACGGCAGCUCCUAGUGGCCAAAGAAGGGGCUGAAAAGAUCAAGAAAAAGAGGAACACUCUCUUUGGGACUUUCCACGUGGCUCAUAGCUCUUCUCUGGAUGAUGUGGACCACAAAAUAUUGGCAGCAAAGCAGGCUCUGGGUGAAGUGACGGCUGCUCUGAGGGAGAGACUGCACCGGUGGCAGCAGAUCGAGAUCCUCGCAGGAUUCACCAUCGUCAACAACCCCGGGCUGCCCUCACUGGCCUCGGCUCUCAACUUGGACCCCAGCUUCAUGGGAGGAAGAGCCACGCCACAGCACUUCAUCAUGACUGACGACAUGGAGGAGCUGGAGGAGGACAUCAUGCCUGGAACUCUGUCAUCUCCCAGUAUGAUGUCCCUGCGCCAACGCCACAUUGACCCACAACUGGCCAUGGGCUCCCAGAGGUUGGUAGAGAGUAGCGUGUCACCGGGGCAGCAGGGGGAGGGCUCAUAUGCCAGGCCGAGGGCUAUGCUGAGGCAGGCGCGCAGUCAGUCGUUCGGCCAGCUGGACUCUCUGCCUCUGCCCCCCCUCUCCUCUGCCGUGUCUCAUCCCUCCAUCCCCUCGUCCGCCUUCAACCACCCUGUGUCUUCUCUGUCCUCCUCUGCCUCCUGUCUGCCCAGCGCUGUCUUCCACUCUUCUUUUCAGCCCAUGGACCCAAUUCCUGAUGUGUCUCUGUCUGAGGCCAAUCUGCUUUCAUCAUGCAGCGACAGCCUUGGGGACCUAAACCGCUCUGACUCGGACUCCUCCUUGUCCUUAUCCCAAGUGGGCGACCGUCUGGCAGCCUAUAGCUCCAAAGGCCACAUCCUGAAGCCCACUUCUCUGCACUACGGCCUGUCCCGACAUGCCGACGACACGGUCUCUCUCCAUGGCCUCACUCCCAACGGAGGCGGCCGAGUGACGGACAUGGGCCAGGGGGAACCGCUCUCUGACAGCCCCCUCCUCAUGAAGAAGAUCUAUGGAGUGGAGAGCUCCAACAGUGCCGGGGACAUCCACACUUACAUGUCAGAGUCAUCCCGCUCGCUCAGCCCCAACUCCACAGAACCCGACACCCCCUCCCCCAUGGGGCAAGGGGGGGUGACGGUGGGGUCAAAGGGCAACACCCGCAUCCCCCAGCUCUCCUCAAAGAAGAGCCCGGUGGAGGAGGACAGCUGCUCCACGGGAGACGAUACAGAGUCUACCGCCAGUCGCAAGAAACACACCUUCAAAAUUUUCAAGAAGCAGAAGAAAUAGGGCUCAGUGAACUUGUAUUUUGGUUAGUCAUUUGGUUUUGGGUCCGGUGCAUAGACUGUAUAUAUAAACAGUCUAUUGUCUUCAGUCUUCUCUUAUACAGUCUAUGGUCCGGUGACGGCGCUCUUUCCUUUGUAUAUUUGUAGGAUUGGUACCUACCAGGUUGACUGGCUUUUCCUGGUCAUUGUAGAAUAUGGGCUUUGGUAGUAUGUAUAUUGGAUUGUAAAGUAUUAUUUAUUGAGUGGGAAAUCAGUGCCACUCAAACUGGUGUGUCCCUGUGGACCUUUACCACUUUGCAUGUCCUCUUUGGUUUGUCUCAUCUUUGAAUGCCUGUUUGCUUGGUUCUUCUUAACCUGCUUAGAUUACAGUUGUUACUUGGGUUACAAACCAAGAUGAAAUGGCUCAUUAAGAGUUACGUUGAUUGUUGUCUUUAAUUUGAUUAUGCUCAAAGUUGUGAAAAAGACAAAAAUGCAUUUAAUACAUGCAACAAAUAAACAAAAAAAAAACAUUUUGGUUCUAGAGGAAUAAUUCAGUAUUUGGCCACCAGUUCAGAUACCACUGGAAAUGUGCUCAAAUUUGGGCAAUGGGCAAGACCCACUGUAAAUGUACUAUGCUGUUACAGGGUGGAGCCAUAGACUCAGGUCUCUGGUAUGAGAGAACUCAGUUUUGACAGAUAAACCUUGAGUAGAUGGUAUAGUUUAUAUUUUCAUCAGAAAUGAAUCACUUUAAUCUCCUUGUAGUCCUAUGUGAGGACACAGUAUUAGUGUAGUUAUGCAGGGCAAAUCUUUUGUAGGUCCACGUGAACAUUUGUUUUUCUACAAAUAGUUUGCAGCAAACCUAUUUUGUCAGUGACAGGUUCUGCUGGAAUGGGCUGUAGUGUAUGCUUUAAUUCUAUCUUUUCAAGUUGAAACUAACCUCGACUUCCUUUUUGGACAAAGACCAGUCAUGUGCCAAAGGCCUUCUUCACAGAGGCCCCAUUUAUGUGUGUGUGUGUGUGUGCGCAGCCCCUCUCCUGCAGCUUCUCUGCUGCAGCGCAACCCGUGCCUCUGUGUCUCUUCUCCCUGCUUCUUCUGUCCCUCUCUCUUAUAUGUCCCUUUCUGUGUCUCUUGUCCCUUUGUAUCUCCUGUCCCUCUGUUUCUUCUGCCCCCGUGUUUCUCGUGUCCCUCUGUGUCUCCUGUCUCUCUGUCUCGUGUCCCUCUGUGUCCUGUCCCUUUAUUGACAUGAGUACUAGCUUCAUCCAAGUGCUCUGUUUAUGAAUGUGGUCUCUGGGUGAACACAGAAAAUAUGCAACAAUGAAAGUGUCAUAUGUUUUGUGUGCAAGUUCCUUUUUUCCCCUAAUAUUUACUAGACCUAAUUAGAUUUCUUAAACUGUAUUUUGACCCCAAAACCAAAGUUUUACUACAACUUUUAUGGCUCGUGUUCAUUUGUUUUAGUCCCUGGCAAAUACUGGGAUUCAGUAUGAAGCAUCAAGACAAAGAACUACUUUUGUGUACUGAAAAGGGCUUGUUUUAAAAGUUCUGUUUUUUAAUGUGUUUGUUACUUCAGAUAGAAAUCGACACAGGUGUCUCAGUACUGCUUUAAACUUACACUGCAGAAACCUUGGAAAAACUUGAAAUAAACUAAAAACACAUUUUGUUCCUCCAAAUUUUCCUUCGUUACGGGUUUUACCUAUAACCAUGAAUUGUGGUAUUUGUCAAAUCUAAAGUAAAGUCCACAUGGUCUGGUAAACCAAAUCAAAAUGUUCAACUGUUACAAUAAUGGACUGCAGCACUACUGUUUCUACAUUCUAGUUUGUAUAUUAGUUGCACGAGCGCUGUAAAUAUGGAUGCCAUCUAAAUCUGUGCGUCUGGAGAAUGCACUGUUGUGUUGACGCAUGUCAUCUGCUGUAAUGCCACAAACUAUUUAUACCCCCCAGACAAGAAAACACUUCUGAUGACGAGACAUUUAGAACGAUCCAAGCAGAUCGCACAAGCGGAUCCUGCUCCUCUUUUUAACAAAGUCUUCUUUAUGAUUAUUACAGACAGUAUAUUUGUACUUUUGCAUCUCCUGUGAUGGCCGAGACUUAUGGCACUCUUGCAUGAAAGCAAUAAACUAUUUUAAACUAUC